GCCCACUCGGCCAGCUCUGAACUAGGCUUCUUCGGAGGCCGCCGGCUGCUUGCUGCUGCGGCUGCGCCUCCUUGUUCCUCGCGUCACCGCUGCCGCCAUGCCGGGAGGGCUGCUUCUCGGGGACGAAGCCCCCAACUUUGAGGCCAAUACCACCAUCGGCCCAAUCCGCUUCCACGAUUUCCUGGGAGACUCAUGGGGCAUUCUCUUUUCUCACCCACGGGACUUUACCCCAGUGUGCACCACAGAGCUUGGCAGAGCGGCAAAGCUGGCGCCAGAGUUUGCCAAGAUGAAUGUUAAGAUGAUCGCUCUUUCGAUAGACAGUGUUGAGGACCAUCUUGCCUGGAGCAAGGACAUCAAUGCUUACAAUGGUGAUGAGCCCACAGAAAAGCUCCCGUUCCCCAUCAUAGAUGACAAGAAGAGGGAACUUGCCAUCCUUUUGGGCAUGCUGGAUCCGUCAGAGAAGGAUGAAAAGGGCAUGCCCGUGACGGCCCGUGUGGUGUUCAUUUUUGGCCCUGACAAGAAACUGAAGCUGUCUAUCCUCUACCCAGCCACCACUGGCAGGAACUUUGAUGAGAUUCUCAGAGUAAUUAAGUCUCUCCAGCUGACAGCAACAAAACGGGUUGCUACCCCGGUUGAUUGGAAGGAGGGCGAGAGCGUCAUGGUCCUGCCCACCAUCCUUGAAGAGGAAGCCAAAAGUCUAUUUCCCAAAGGAGUCUUCACCAAAGAUCUCCCAUCUGGCAAGAGAUACCUCCGUUAUACCCCGCAGCCUUAAGUCUUUGUGGGAGCUGGCUGCAGCUGCUCGGACACAGUGGACCUGAGGAUACCAGCUGACCGCCAUCUGUCCUCGCCCAGUUCCAUAGAAACCUCCUGCUGUGUGAUCACAGCCAAAGUCAUUAGGUCACUUUACUACUGGUUCAUUAAAUGGAAAUGGCACCAACACUUUCUUGGGGUUCUUUACUCUGUGCCUUCACAGCAUUCUGCCCCUCCGUCCAUCUCGGGGUUCUGCUGACCAGCUUUCUCUGAAGUGCAUUCUGUAGUAGAAACUGUGACCUAUGCAGGGUUCUAGAGUGUCAGGGAUAGGGGAAGCUCACUCGGCUCCAUGGUAGAAUGACUAUCACCUUUUGUAGCCUCCUUGGAAAAUAAUGAAAUGGGGAAAACUUUCAGUUCUGUAUUUUUCAUAAGUAACAAACUUGGGAACAGCCCGGGGAAAUUUCUAACUAUUGUGCUAUCAGGAAUCUGAUGCAUUUCUGUCAAAUGGGGGCUCAGAAGAGGCUUCCUUUGCCCUGCCAAGGAGGGAAGUGCACCCAAGACCGCUCAUCCCUCCAGGGGUUCCUGUUUGUCUGCUCUGGUGCCGUGUACAUGUGAACACAUCUUGUAAGGACAGGCGGUGACAGAAUGGUUCGCCACUAAACUGUCCUAGCAGUAGGUUGCCACUUUCCUGAAUUCUGCUUUUUGGGGUUCAACAAAUAAAAUCCUUUGUUGAAACUGA